CAGGCGCAAGAUGACGAUGCAGAGGGGCCCAACAAUGUAAUUGAGUACUCCAUCAUGAAGACAGACCCGGAAAACAUAUUCGACAUCAACGCAGACACGGGCGAGAUCAAGCUCAAGUCCUACAUCAAGUCUAUGGACAUCGUCCAGAACAUUACCAAACAGAAGGACUGUUCCUGGUCUGUGGUGGUCCAGGCCCAAGACAGAGGCUCGCCCUCUUUCAGCACCACCACGGUGGUCAAGAUAGAUAUCACAGAGGCGGUAAGAGACAGUGGGUUCAUCUCCAAUUACACCUAUUUCAUCUUACAGGGAUGAAUCUAAACUUGGAAUAUGCACAUGAGAUUUGCACGAAAGGCUCAAGUUAGGGCUUGUCUCUGGAGCACUUUAGCGGCUCUGGUCAAAAGUGGUGCAUAGUUGCUUUUAGUCAAAAGUAGUGCACCAUGGGCCUCCCGAGUGGCGCAGGGGUCUAAGGCACUGCAUCGCAGUGCUAGAGGAGUCACUACAGACCCGGGUUCGGUCCCAGGUUGUGUCGCAGCCGGCCGCGACCGGGAGACCCAUGAGGCGGCAUACAAUUGGCCCAGCGUUGUCAGGGUUAGGGGAGGAUUUGGCCCGCCGGGAUGUCCUUGUCCCAUCGCGCUCUAGUGACUCCCGUGGCAGGCUGGGCGCAUGCACGCUGACUUUGGUUGUCAGCUGUACGGGGUUUCCUCCGACACAUUGGUGUGGCUGGCUUCCGGGUUAAGGAAGCAGUGCGGCUUGGCAAGGCCGUGUUUCGGAGCUUCUCCUGAGUCCGUACGGGAGUUGCAGUGAUGGGACAAGACUGUAACUACCAAUUGAGAAAAAGGGGUAAAAGGUUGCUGCCUCCAAAACUGAUAAGGUGGCUCCACUAAUGUUUACAUUUUGACGUUUGUAACAUAUCCUCAUUCCAAACAUACUACUCAUGCUGUCUUUGGGAGCCUCAUGUGUGAGCCAGUGGGAUGCUCACUGCUUGAGUAACCCAGUAAGUUUUGAUGCAGUCUUUUUCAGAUAAAGGGUUGAAAUCAAUGCGACAGAGGCAUUGAGCCAUGGGUUUUAGUUUGAUCUAAUCCCCACUAGUUAGCUAUCCCCCUAGCUAGUUGGGAAACACAACACCACACACAGCUCAAACCGACUCACACGCUCACUAUAUGCUAUAACUAUGUAAUAACCAUGUCAUAGAGUUUUUCCUGGUCAGACCACGAUGUUAGGAAAAACUCUCAGCCCUAGUGAUCACAAAUAGUUCAAGCUGCUCAAUAGAAUAAUCCAACUGAACACAAACCCAAGAUUUCUGUUUGUUAUAUUUUUUUUGGGUUUCCACCUUGAAACAUCCCUAAAUUAACUAUUCACAUCCCUAAAUUAUACAAAUUCCUCUAAAUGCCAAUUUUGUAUUUUCAGGUAAAAUCAAGAUUUUUCUCGUACAUCCUGAGCCUCAAGGAGCAUCCCGCAGCUGUGUUUGGGAUUUGUUUUAGUGUUGUCACCUUCACCAUUGCAACGACUGUUCUCAUUUCCACCCUCAUUUACUGCAACACUUUGAAAAAGUCUGGCGUUCAACCUCAGGGCAAGAUCAGAAAGAUUAUACGGAGGCCUGUACAAUGUCAUAAACAAAGCUUGCCUUGAGAUCAUCCAGCAGUCUUGUUGUCCCCCCGUAUCAUUAACUAAGACUCUUACUGUAUGAAUGUUGUCUUGGAAGGAUACCUGUAUUUGUAGCUGGUCAUUGUACUAUAGCGAAUGAUUUGUGUCUGUGAAAGAGUACAGGAGCACAAUAGAAUAUUUUGAUCACUCAUUUGACAUGAAAUGAAAAUCCAUGAUAAACGUCAUGGAUGAACAGUAAACUCAUACCAUUUCAUUUGCAAUUGUGACGCUGCAUGGUCUCAGUUAAUAAUGGGUGCCCCAUCUAACCCUUCUGAUCUUGUCUCAAUCGAAAAAGGAUCCAAAUAUAAAAUAAUUCCCCAAAAACAGUCAAUGGAACUGGAAUUAUCAUUUCAGACUAACUCACACUAGUAUUUUUCAGACAGAUCCUUGUUCGUUGUGUUAGCACUGACCAAGCGUUGGUAGGCCAAUUUAGGGAUUUGUUAUUCUAAUGUAGUGUAAUGUUUUCACACUGUGUAGCUAGCCUAACACUAGUGCGGAUUUGGCUGGGGUGGUCUGGCAUUUUAAAUGUAUUAAAAUACACUCUGUGUCCCAUAUAUCCAUAGCCAAAUGGCAUCACACACAUUACCACAUAAGGUGAUAACAACUAUGAGUUUCCCAUGUGUACUUGCAGUCUCCCAUUUCAGUCCAAUGGACAUGACUGUGUCUCUCUGUGCUCUUUUACAGACUCAACUCAGGGGAGGCCCUUUGGCAUCCUUUUUCAUGCAGAGUAGAGACAAGCCUUUGCACAUCUUAGGCAUGAUUGCUGGUGUCAUUAGUCUCAUGGUUAUGGUGACAGUCUUCAUCUCCACCAUCAUGUUCAUGCGCAACAAAAAGUCCAACAGGAUCCUGCCCCACCGCCGCAUCCGGAGGCGAAACAAACCACCUGUGACGUUCAAGUUCCCGAACCCUGGAAAGAAAUUCCUGGUCCAAGAACCGGAGGUCAUGGUGGUGGACAACGUCAACUGUAACAACUGUAUCAUGGUGAGCGGACACCCACGGCCUCCAAACCAUAACGUGAAUGUGGUGACUGGACACAAUUGGUCUCCAAACCACAAUGUGAGCAUGGUGAGCGGACGUCAUUGGCGACCACCACCACCCCCCGAUGCCCCUGCCCUUCCCCCACUGCUCCCUGGGGGGAGGCCAGGGGACAGACAGUGGGUGGUGCCGACGGUAUUGGGCACAGUGGCACAGAUCAAGCCUAAGAGGAACAGGAACAUCCCAGUUGACAGUAUGAACGUAGCACUGGUGUCUGAGCUCAAAAUGAGACUGGACCAGAGGAGGUUGGCAAACUGCUCUUAGGAGAACGAGAGAGUGAGUGUGUGUGUCUGCUUGUGAGCAUUGGUGAGUGGGAGUCAUUAUACUCAAUGAAAUAUGUAAUUUAUACAGCAACUUUCAAAGUGCUUUACAUUAUGUGUAUAGAAGUCAACCACCAAUGUGUAGAAGUCAUCAGUUCUUGUUUUGUCUACUGGCAAAAACAUGUGAUCGUCUGUGCAUGAAUGUCUUUGGUUCAAAGUCUGUUCAAAUCAAAUCAAAGUUUAUUG